GACUUUAAUCUAAUCUGCUUUUCGUUUUCCACAUUCAGAAGUCUUUAUUUGCUAUGGCUACUACCGCCGCUGCUCCUUCUGUUGUCCGUUAUGCACCUGAGGAUCAUUCUCUUCCCAAGCCCUGGAAAGGCCUUGUCGAUGAUAGAACUGGUUACUUGUACUUUUGGAAUCCUGAGACCAAUGUUACUCAGUACGAGAAACCUACCGCCGCUCAGCCUCCCAAGUUUCCUGCCGUUUCUCUUAGCUCUUCCGUUCAGGUUCAACAAACUGAUGCCUAUGCUCCUGCCAAGGAUGACAAUAAGUACUCCAGAGGCACUGAUCAUGGGCCUAAGAUUGAGUCUGCCUCGAGGUUUACCGAGGGUGGCAGAAGUGGACCGCCGUAUUCAAAUGGUGCUGCUAAUGGAGUUGGGAAUUCUGCUUAUGGUCCAGCAUCUGCCAGAGGUCCUCCUCCUUCAUCAGCUCCAGGAAAUGACCUGUCCCCUGAGGCCUAUUCCCGCCGUCAUGAAAUUACUGUCAGUGGGGGCCAAGUACCACCACCUCUAAUGUCCUUUGAAGCUACUGGUUUUCCUUCUGAGCUUCUGCGGGAGGUACUCAAUGCAGGUUUCUCUGCUCCUACUCCGAUUCAAGCUCAGUCAUGGCCAAUUGCGAUGCAAGGGAGGGACAUAGUAGCCAUUGCUAAAACUGGCUCGGGAAAAACUUUGGGUUACUUGAUUCCUGGAUUUUUGCAUCUUCAACGCAUCCGAAAUGAUUCGCGAAUGGGUCCCACAAUCUUGGUAUUGUCUCCAACGAGGGAGCUGGCCACACAAAUCCAAGAAGAAGCUGUUAAAUUUGGGAGGUCAUCAAGAAUUUCGUGCACUUGUUUGUAUGGUGGUGCACCAAAGGGCCCUCAGCUGAGGGAUUUAGAAAGAGGAGCAGAUAUCGUGGUUGCAACUCCUGGGCGAUUGAAUGAUAUCCUUGAAAUGAGGAGGAUUAGUCUGCGUCAAAUAUCUUAUCUUGUGCUAGAUGAGGCAGAUCGAAUGUUGGACAUGGGUUUUGAACCACAGAUAAGGAAGAUUGUGAAAGAAAUUCCCACGAAGCGUCAAACCCUUAUGUACACAGCUACAUGGCCAAAGGGAGUUAGGAAAAUUGCAGCUGACUUACUUGUUAACCCUGCUCAAGUCAACAUUGGGAAUGUUGACGAGCUUGUGGCUAACAAGUCAAUAACACAGCAUAUCGAAGUGGUAGCACCAAUGGAGAAACAGAGGAGGUUAGAGCAGAUCUUGCGGUCUCAGGAACCAGGCUCAAAGGUGAUAAUAUUCUGCUCAACCAAAAGGAUGUGUGAUCAACUAACACGCAAUCUAACCCGCCAAUUUGGAGCUGCUGCUAUACAUGGGGACAAGUCACAGCCUGAGAGAGACAGUGUUCUCAAUCAAUUCCGCAGUGGCAGGACUCCGGUUCUUGUAGCAACCGAUGUUGCUGCUCGUGGGCUGGACGUUAAGGACAUCAGGGCUGUCGUAAAUUAUGAUUUCCCCAAUGGAGUGGAAGACUAUGUUCAUAGAAUCGGAAGAACAGGAAGAGCUGGAGCGACUGGUCAGGCAUUCACAUUCUUUGGUGAUCAAGAUUCGAAACAUGCUUCGGAUCUGAUCAAGAUUUUGGAAGGAGCAAACCAGCGAGUUCCUCCUCAGAUCCGCGAAAUGGCUACCCGUGGUGGUGGUGGAAUGAACAAAUUCAGUCGUUGGGGUCCUCCUUCCGGAGGCCGUGGUCGUGGUGGCGACUCUGGUUAUGGUGGCAGAGGUAGCUUUGUUUCGCGUGACAGAAGCAGCAAUGGAUGGGGAAGAGAGCGUGAAAGAAGCCGUAGCCCCGAGAGAUUUAACAGAGCUCCACCUCCGUCUUCCACCGGAUCUCCUCCUCGCAGCUUCCACGAGACGAUGAUGAUGAAACACAGAUGAACAGAGAGAGACAAAGCUGAUAAAGCCAAGUGACGAAG